AUGAGAUCCUCCGCGCUUCUGUUGUUCAUCACCUCGCCCCUUGCCGUCUUAGCUUGGACCGGCCAGGUUUACACCACUCAGACUCAGUGCCAGGCGGAGUGCCCUGCAGCUUGCUCGAGCCAGGAUGGCGCGUAUGACGGAUGCUCCGGCCCCGGUGUUGCUCAGUCCAACGUUUACUGUAACUGCAAAUAG